UGUGUUUGGGUUCAAGUGCUCCAAUUUCAGGAUUAAAAGCAUGGCUUAAAGUUUAAGUUGUUUGUCUGUUUUUCUAAAAAAAAACAUUAUGACUUCCGAAAUUCUUGUUACAAAACGAAUCAAUCACAUCGACCAAGAGUCACGAAGCUUCAUUCUUGUUGGUGUUAUUAUUGCUAAAAGCGAUCCGAAAUUUUUCGAAUCGACCUCCAGCCACCGUCCCGCGAGUAGUACUUCCACUAGCCGUGGCGUGAUGACACUAACAAUCCGGGAUAGUGAUAGAGACACAAUAAAUUGUACUCUUUGGAAUACUAGGAACACAAUCGAAUCGUAUGAUAAUCUGUUUCAUAUUGGAGAUGUAGUAAACAUCACGCGUCCAAAGGUUAUUCCAGCCUGCCUUGAUCGGUCGGAGCAGUAUAACCCCAGAUCUACAUCCGUAUACAGUUUGUCCCUAGGAGAAAAUGACGAAAGUAAAAUAAAGCUUCACGAAGGUUGCAGUCUAGAUCCGAUUCGGAAACUGAUAUCAGUUCCAACAGUUCCAGCUUCUGACACAUAUUUGUUGACGGACAUUGCAACCGGCGGGCACGGUAUCAACGGGCAAAAUGUUAACGUUCUAGUAGUUGUGCGUAGCAUACGUCCCAGAAAACAAAUCGUUAUUUCCAAAACGGGUAAAUUAAAGUAUCUCCGAGAAGUGAUUGUUAUGGAUACCUCCCAUGCUGGAAUGUCAAUGAAAUUUUGGAACAAUGAGUAUGUCGAUAGAAUCGAUAAAUGGAUUCCACUGACCACUGUUUUACUAAUAAUGGACGUCAGAGUGGAAUUCGACCAAUACUACAAGACGAUUUGUUUAGGAAUGAGUGGCAGGACAAUUAUCACCGAGGAUCCAGCAAUAGAAGAAGCUGAUAGACUUCUUAUUCACGCUAUGAAAACAUCCACACUGGGCUCGGAACUUCUAUAUUCCACUUUAUCAACUAAUAUAGAUCCAUCUACAAUUACAUCCGUAAUGACAGUUCAACAGAUUGUGGACAGAGCUGAAGGCGAUCUGAAAACUGAAGAAGAGCAGUUUACUGCUCUCUGUUAUGCAGUAAUUACUAGAUUUGACUUAGAUGGGUGUUCAAAAAUAACUAGUCGUAAAUGCUUAAAUUGUAAGAAUCUUCUUAAAAUCUCCGAUUCUAAAUGUCAACGAGAAGACUGUCAAAACAAUCUCUCUCACAUAAGUGUUAGUUUUGAUAUUCCAGUAGAUAUUACUGAUCACACGGGAACAUUACCCAACUGCCGUCUCAUGAAUCAGGCCGCGGAGAACACUCUCAAUUGUAAGGUAGAAGCAUUUCUAAGGAUGGGUGAUACUCAAAAAGGCAAGCUAAAGUGGCGUUAUCUAUUAGAACGCUGUGUCCUGAAAUUAGUUAUUAAAAGGAAGUCGCCGGUUCGUUUUCAAACUCUCUAUACCAUAUUGGACUGCUCUGUGGCUAGCCCACAGGAAGUGGGAUCUAAGAUUAAGGUUUAUUAAUUCUAUAAAGCAUAUUGAAGUAGUAAAGACGCCAUAUAUUAUAUAUAUUCUGCUGUUAACAUAUUAGAUAAUCUGUCAGCUAAUUGCCUAACAAUCGUUAAAUCGUAGUAAAUUUUAUCUUAACAAAACGAAAUCUGUAAGGAGUCAAUAAUUGAGCUUUUUUCGCAGUAGAGUGUUGUUACACGACGCGUCUGUAUAGAUAUAAUCGAUGUCUAAUGGAAUUACCUUAGAACUGCCCCAAUUUGAUAUGUGUAAUAAAUUCGUCGAGCAUUGUUUGGGUUGAGCGAAAAUAUACAUGCUGCCUCAACAUACAUUAUAAUUUUGCAUUCACACAAAGUUUGAAUUUGUUGUCACUGCAUAAAUCAUUACGGAAUUGAACACAAGAAAAACAUA